GUGCGUUUGUGAGGAGCGAGCGCGUAGUAGUGAGUGAGAGCGGUGCUGGCGGUGCUCCCCUCCCCUUCCCCCCGCCAUGGCCUGGGCCGCCGCCUCUCCGGCGGACAAGGAGAGGAAUUCUGCAGAAAACAGUCUCCUUUACUACACAACCCUGAUUCAUUUCUAGAGCACAGUCCAUCCAUCCUGUGCACUGAAUGAAAUUCAUCUGCAUCUAUCCAGCAUACUUAAAUAACAAGAAGACAAUAGCAGAAGGAAGAAGAAUACCUAUGGACAAAGCCAUUGAAAAUCCCACAUCUACAGAAAUCCAAGAUGUAUGUGCAGCAGUUGGACUCAAUGUGCUUAUAGAGAAGAACAAGUUGUACCCUAGAGAGUGGAACCGUGAUGUGCAAUAUAGAGGCAGAGUGCGAGUUCAGCUCAAGCUGGAAGAUGGCAACCCAUGUUUACCUCAGUUUCCAACACGUAAAUCAGUGAUGCUGUAUGCAGCAGAAACAAUUCCCAAACUGAAAACAAGGACACAAAAAAUGGGAGGUAGUGACCAAAAUCUCCAGCCAGGAGAGGGAGGCAAAAAAGGCAAAGGGAAGAAGAAGAAGUGAGCCUGUCACUGGCAUAAUUGUUACUUUAUAUAGUCAUUCUAUGACAAAUAUGGAUGGACAUUACCAUUUAUGAAUCUGAACUGAGAUACGAAAACAAGACAACUGGUGAAGCUGUACAGAAUUGUCUUCAAUUUUUUACUGAAAUAGAAUGCAUGUACUGUGCCUGCCAUUGUGUAACAGUAUUCACAGAACUCCCAAAUCCAAAGGUAGUAGCUAGUUUAAAAGUUACAAACAGUGGAGACAAUUUGAGGGUGGAAACACGAUUCUUUUCAUGGAUAAAUAUGCAGUUGUUUGGCUUUCAAAAUAAGAACAAAACCUAUUUUAUGCAGAAUGGAUAUUUGAAGUUGGUUGCCUUAGUACAAAAUAUAUCUAUGCUGAUAAAGAUAAAUUUGUCUUAAGUCUGGACCCUAUGUAUCACUGUACUAGGAAAAUUUACAAAGAAGUUAUCAUUACUCUGUAAAUUUCAUUUUUAAUCAUUCACAAAUGUUAAGUCUAAUAAAGGUGGCAAAAACAAAUUUUGAAAAUCCA